UUGUCUCUCUCACACCACCUUAAUUAUUACUUUAAUUAUUCCAUCGCCACAUUUUCAUUAAUCAUAAUGGCAAGAAGAAGGAAUGACAACAACAACACGCCAAAAACCUCAUCGCCGGCGAGAAACUGCGGCGGCAGCCGCGAACUGUCUUAUCCCGGCGACGGCGAAACAACUCCUCCGCCCGCAGAAAACAAAGUCGACUACCCCAGUUUCAGCAGCUGCGAUUCCUGCGGCUCCAGCUCCUCCGCCGGCGGCAGUAACAGCCUCUCCUCCACCGGAAGCUCCGACUUCUUCCCUUACCGGAACCGUUCCUCCGGCUCUCCCUACACUGGGUCCCCGUGGAACCAUAACCAGCAAGAAAAAGACGCGGCGGCAGACCAAAACUACCUCGUCGGAACUCUUUUCCGGGAAGACGGCCACGUGUACUCCGUCGCCGCCACCGGCGGCCUUCUCUACACCGGGUCGGAGAGCAAGAACAUCCGGGUCUGGAAAAACUUGAGAGACUAUUCCGGGUUCAAGUCGAGUAGCGGGUUCGUGAAGGCAAUUGUCGUUUGGGGUGAAAAGAUUUUUACCGGCCACCAGGACGGUAAAAUCCGGAUUUGGAGCGGUAAAAACCAGUCCUACAAACGGGUCGGGAGUUUGCCGACGACCAAAGAUUACUUGAAGACCGCCAUUAACCCGAAUGGCUACGUGGAAGUUCGCCGGCGACGGAAAGUCCCCUGGCUGAAGCAUUACGACGCCGUUUCGUGCAUGAGCGUUGACCAAGACAGCUGCUUGCUCUACUCCGGUUCUUGGGAUAAAACCCUUAAAGUCUGGAGAUUAUCCGACAACAAAUGUGUCCAGUCCAUCAAAGCCCACCACGACGCGGUGAAUUCUGUCGUUGUGGGAUUUGACAGACUGGUUUUCACCGGCUCGGCUGACGGGACCGUGAAAGCCUGGAGGAGGGAAGUUGCGGGAGGCAGGAGUCGUAACUAUAAGCUCGUGUCGGUUGGCACGUUGUUGAAGCAGGACAACGCGGUGACCUCAUUGGCGGUCAGCGCGGAGUCUGGGACAGUCUACUUAUACGCCGGAUCAUCCGACGGGCUGGUCAACUUCUGGGAGAUGGAGGGGAAGUUUAUGACCUACGGGGGAGUCCUCCGGGGCCAUAAACUCGCCGUGCUUUGCCUAGCCGCCACCGGGAGUCUGGUGGCGACUGGGUCUGCAGACAAGAGCAUAUGCCUGUGGAGGAGGGAGGAAGGCGGGGCCCACGCUUGCAUGUCGGUGCUGACGGGGCACAGUGGGCCCAUCAAGUGCCUUGCGGUCGAAGAGGUUGCAAGCGGGGAGGAGGACGGCGGCGACCGGCGGUGGUUGGUCUACAGCGGGAGUUUAGACAAGACGGUGAAAGUGUGGAGCGUGACGGAGCACGCACCGGAUUAUUAGCCCGUACCGAUCAAACUGUAGAUUUGCCGGUGAUUAGUAACGGUAAAAUCGAUCGAUAAAUGGGAGUUUUACUGUAGUGAACGUAAAUCCAUGCAAAACUACUGGACGUAAAGUGGUGUGAAUUGUUUGGACCCUGGAAAUUAAAUGUAGAUGAACAAUAAUAAGUCGUUUUCAACCAAAUCAGUCGAUUUGGGUUGAUUGUGGGUAUAUUUACGUAGGAGUCUUUGAGUAUGUUGUGACUAAUUUCUUAAUAUGUUGAAUACUCCGUAACAAAUAGGGGUUAUUUUU